CUGAUAAUAGGAAAGCAGUUUUAGAGAAUUUAUCAAACCUUAAGUAAUCAAUCUAUCAUGUUGUCUGCUCUGAAAUGGAAGUGUUCAUGGCCACUUGUGGCAUCCAUUGCUUCCAUUCUGACAUUAGUUUCGGUUGUUCAUCUAUUCUUGUUACCUGUGGUGCCUUCUCUUGACUACAUAAGUUUCCGGCAAGCUCAAAGCACAUGUGUUCCAAUCAAUGGGUCAUCAAAAGAACAGGAAAAUAGAAUGGCUGUGCAAAAUCUCAAAAACAAGGUUGUAGUGGUUUUCCGUGGCACUCCUUGGAGAGCAGAAAUUGGUCGGUGGUUAUCAGGUUGUAAUUCAGUUUCUAACCCGGUCAAAAUUGUGGAGAAAAUUCGGGGGAAGAGCUGCAAGAGCGACUGUAGUGGUCAAGGCGUUUGUAAUUACGAUUUGGGUGAAUGUCGAUGCUUCCUUGGGUAUAAAGGGGAAGGAUGCUCUGAGAAAGUGGAAGUAAGUUGCAAUUAUGAACAGACAGAUAGUAAACCUUAUGGGCGUUAUGUUCACUCCAUGUGCCCUUCUUACUGCGACACAACACGAGCAAAGUGCUUCUGUGGAAAAGAAACAAAAUACCCUAACCGUCCUGUUGUUGGUUCAUGCGGAUUUGAAAUUAUCCUCUCAGAUGGUCCUAAUGGUAUUGAAAAUGUUAACUGGGGUAAGCCUGAUCUAGACAUUAAUAGCAAACUAGGAUGGUGUAACGUGGAUCCAGAUGAAGCUUAUGCCUCAAAUAUCGAAACUAAGAAGGAUUGUGGUUGCCAAUAUGAUGGCCAAUUGGGACAAUUUUGUGAGAUCCCUGUUCUAAGUUUUUGUAUCAAUCAAUGCUCUGGACAUGGCCAUUGCCGUGGAGGUUUUUGUCAUUGUGAUGGUGGCUGGUUUGGGAUAGAUUGCAGUAUUCCCUCAGUUGUGCCUUCCAUAAAAGAUUUGCCUCGAUGGCUUCGACCAGCUCAGAUUGAUGUCCCUGCUAAUACAAAUCUUACUGGUGAUAUUUUAAAUAUCAAUGCUAUAGUUGAAAAGAAGAGGCCCCUCAUAUAUGUAUAUGAUUUGCCUCCAGAGUUCAAUAGUCAAUUGCUAGAGGGACGGCAUUACAGGAUGAAUUGUGUGAACCGAAUAUAUAAUCGAAAAAAUGCGACAACAUGGACAGAUGAAUUAUACGGUUCCCAGAUGGCAUUUCAGGAGAGUAUCCUAGCUAGCGCUCAUCGAACAUUAAAUGGUGAAGAAGCAGACUUUUUCUUUGUUCCGGUUCUUGAUGCUUGCCUUAUUACCCUCGCUGAUGAAGCCCCUCAUUUGAGAAUUGAUUUUCAGAAGCAUGGAAAAUUAAGGAGCUCUUAUACUCUAGAAUUCUAUAAGAAGGCAUAUGAUCAUAUUAUUGCAGAAUAUCCUUACUGGAACCGUUCAUCUGGAAGAGACCACAUUUGGUUUUUUGCAUGGGAUGAAGGUGCAUGUUACGCACCGAAGGAGAUAUGGAGCAGCAUGAUGUUAGUCCAUUGGGGUAACACAAAUUCGAAACAUAAUUAUUCUACAACAGCUUAUUGGCCCGAUAACUGGGACAACAUCUCACCCGAAAGAAGAGGCAACCAUUCUUGCUUUGAUCCGGAUAAAGAUCUAGUGCUUCCAGCCUGGAAGAAACCAGACGUUAAUUCUUUGAUCUCUCAGUUUUGGUCUUGGCCCCUUGAAAGGCGGAAGACUUUGUUUUACUUCAAUGGAAAUCUUGGACCAGCUUAUAAAUCUGGAAGACCUGAAGCCAGGUAUAGCAUGAAAAUAAGACAGAAGGUGGCUGAAGAAUUUGGAUCAACACCUAACAAGGAAGGGAAUAUCGGGAGACAACAUGCAAAAGAUGUAAUUGUGACCUCACUUCGUUCAAAAGAUUAUCACAAGGAAUUAGCGAGUUCCAUCUUUUGCGGUGUUUUUCCUGGAGACGGGUGGAGUGGUCGAAUGGAAGACAGCAUUUUGCAAGGCUGUAUUCCUGUUAUUAUUCAGGAUGGGAUCUUCCUGCCAUAUGAGAAUGUGCUCAGUUACGAGAAUUUUUCUGUUAGGAUAAGCGAAGAUGAUAUUCCAAAUAUGCUAAACAUUCUCAGGGGAUUCAAUGAGACGGAAAUAAAAUUCAAGCUGGCAAAUGUAAGGAAGAUAUGGCAGAGAUUCUUAUAUCGAGAUUCGAUCUUGCUUGAAGCAGAGAGACAGAAAUCUACAUAUGGACGAGUUUCUGAAAGGGAUGUAGCGUUAUCACAACUGAAGGAGGACGAUGUCUUCUCCACAGUUAUGCAGGUGUUACACUACAAGCUGCAUAAUGAUCCAUGGAGACAACAACUUAUUCAGGGGAAGAAGGAUUUUGGGUUACCCAAAGAAUGUUUGAUAAAAGGUUUCCAAAAGAAGGAACCAUCCAAUCUAGUGUAAUAGUUUAUACAAACUGUUAAAUCUCUGACUAUAUAUUCUAAACUUUAUGGAAAUAUCUAGUUUCUUGG